CUAAAAGAGAGGUGAUCCUCUCUCGAUCCUCCUUGUGUUCGCAAACCUACACCAUCUCUCUUUUCCUUCCCCCCCUCUCUCUCUCUCUCUAUCUAUCUCAUCAUCAUCAUCUCAAACCUCAGAAAGGGAAGAGUAGUCCAUACACACCCUUUUGCCCUUGUUUGUUCCUACACCCCCACAAACACACCCGAAUAGCUAAUUCUUAUUCUUUAUCAUAGGACCGUCCGAGGACAGAGCACAGUGCAGUCGAUACCAGCAUCGUUUCGUAACUGUUAGUGCUUCGAGUGCGUGUCUCGAGAACUUAGCCAUGGCUUCUCCUUCUGAACUGACCCUAGAGUGCAAGCCCCAGAGUUACUCCAUGCUCCUGAAGUCGUUGGGCGACCACGCCGCCGCCGACCAGACCCAGAGGCUCGAGGACUUCCUCGCCCGCCUCGAGGAGGAGCGCCUCAAGAUCGACGCCUUCAAGCGCGAGCUCCCGCUCUGCAUGCAGCUCCUCGCCAAUGCUGUAGAAGCAUCAAAGCAGCAGCUUCAAGCCUACAGAGCAAAUCAAGGACCAAGGCCGGUUCUUGAAGAAUUCAUACCAAUGAAAAACUCAUCAUCUGAAGGCUCCGAGAAGACGCCAAACCUAUCCGAUAAGGCAAACUGGAUGACAUCCGCUCAACUAUGGAGCCAAACAAGCAACGAUAACCCCAACAAGCAACAACCAUCGGCGCCUAAAGAAACCGAAAUUGGCUUCACUGUUAGCCCGAAGCUCGGCUUGGACAACAAACAGAGGAACGGGGGAGCCUUCCUUCCGUUCUCCAAGGAGCGCAACGGGUCGUGCCCAAGCCCGAGCUUGAGGGCUCUCCCUGAGCUUGCUCUCGGCUCACCCGAGAAAGAGAUGGAAGACAAGAAGUAUCCGGAAGCUGAGAACGGCAACGGAGUCUCGUGCUCGAGGAGAGACAGUUGCGGCAAAAUCGGUAAUGGCGCCGCGGCGAACGAAGUGGGAAAAGGAGUCACGAGCUCCACAGAAUUGCAGAUUCCGGCGGCAGCUAAUGUUUCCGCUGCUAAUACGACGACCACGAAUGGCCAGACUCAUAGAAAGGCGAGGCGGUGCUGGUCGCCGGACUUGCACCGAAGAUUUGUAAAUGCCCUACAGAUGCUUGGCGGCUCUCAAGUGGCCACCCCAAAGCAAAUCAGGGAGCUGAUGAAGGUUGACGGUUUGACUAAUGAUGAAGUUAAAAGCCAUCUCCAGAAAUACAGGCUCCACACCAGACGACCCAGCCCAAGCCCACAAUCAGCCGGCGCCGCCGCACCGCAGCUGGUGGUCCUAAGUGGCAUCUUGAUGCCGCCUGAUUACGCGACGGCCGCGGCCGCCGCUGCCGCGCAUGGCGGCACUCAACCGCUGUAUGGCGCCCACCCGAAUGCCCAUGCGUCGCCCCACUACUGCACCCCUCUGGCCAUGCCGCAGGAAUUCUACUCCGCCACGGCAGCUCACCACGAGGUGGUGCACCACCACCCCCUCCAUGGUCACCACCACCACCACCAGAUUCAAGUUUACAAGGGGACGUCUCAUCCCCAACCACAAAGCUCACCGGAGUCCGGGAUGAGGGGUGGCGGCGGGGAUGGCCAGUCGGAGAGCAUCGAGGACGGCAAGUCCGAGAGCAGCAGCUGGAAGGGUGACAGUGGUGAUCACGUCAACGGCGGAGACCAAAGGAAGGGAUUGCUCACCAUGAGAGAUAACAACAAUGAGGAGAGUAAUGGAAGUGAGAUUACUCUCAAGUUCUAUGACAAAUAAAAUUUUCAUGUAAGGCUCUUUAGGGUUUCAUUUUUUUUUUCAUAUCAAGAUUAUUUUUUUUUGGGUUUUUAAUUUUUAUUGUUGUUUUUAUUAUUCUGAUUUUUAUGUGCAAAUAUCUAGAGAGGGAUAAAAAAAAAAAAAGGAGGGCGCAUAAUGGCAAAAAAGGGCGCGCUUGUCAUGUUUCCUUGAUAUGUCUCAUGUCCUUUUGGGAAGAAAAUUGAAAGAUUGUAU